GAGCGGACGGAGAGCCGCACUGCACGCUGACAAGCCAGGACAGGGCGAGGCGGCGGUCCCGGUGUAUGCCCCCAUCCAUCAUCGCUAUGGGAAUUACCACAGCGUUGUCUGUGAAGCAGACCCUCACCUCGCAUCUAAAACCGGUUCACCUGGAGACACAGACUAUAAAACACUGCAGUGGAGACUGUCGCUGCUCAGAGCCGGGCUCAGCUUCUAUCCUCCGGUAAACUGAGGAGGACGAUGAUGAUGAUGAUGACUAACAUCUAUAGAUGAGAAGUCUUUCUCAGGCCGUCACCUUGGACCUCUGCUCGACCUUCAUCUGUAUACUCUAAACGAGGACCAUGCCUGCCAUGUGUGUAUCCGCAGUGCUCUUAUGUACAGUUGUGGUCGAUAUCUCAGCUCGGGUUUUGACAACAUCCAGCACAGAUGACCAGCCCAUUCUUUCACAACGGCACUAUCAGUACACCGACCAAGACACGGGCACCCAGCUGGUCUGUGAUAAGUGCCCGGCUGGCACCUAUGUCUCCAUCCACUGCUCUCCAACAUCUGUGAGGGAAUGCAGCCCCUGUCCUAAAGGCACCUUCACACGGGGAGAGAAUGGAGUUCAGCAAUGCCAUCGUUGCAGGAGUCCUUGCCCAGCUGGCUUUAUUGAGAAAAUGCCUUGCACAGCCACCCAGGAUCGAAUCUGCACAUGCCCACCCAAUACAUUCCUGUCAGGGGAUGGUGGUGCUGUGUGUAAGCCCCACUCUUUGUGCCCCCCAGGCAAGAGGGUGAAAAAGCAGGGCAGUGAGAAAAAGGACGUGGUCUGUAAGCAGUGCUCUGAGGGAACUUUUUCAGAUGUGAAAUCAAGUGCAACACAGUGCAGAAAUCACACAGACUGCCAGGUUCAGGGGCUGGUGCUGCUCUCACCAGGGACUAGAGAGAAAGAUAAUAUCUGUGGACCCCUUUCUACAGCUCCAUCCUCUGCCUCCACAACCACUUUAGGUGGCUCAGGACAGGCUGUGCUUGUACAGGAACCCAUUAUUUCUUCAAUCUUUCCAGCACCCCUGGCUGGACCUGCACAAAAAGGUACCCACAGCCAGUCAGCAGCCAUUCAGCUGAAGGAACCCCAGGGUGGAAAAAGCCAGCGAGCAGAAGAGCACCUCCGAAGCCAUCCCGGCACUCUCACCCCACCAAAUUUGACUCCAGUUCUCCCAGCUCAUGAGGAACCAAUGGACCAUGAGUUGCAGAGGGGGCAACUGAAUUCUGAACCAAACCCAGGGCCUAACAAGAGGGCAAUGGGAGAUCUGGGGACUGAAGAAAUAGCCAAGUUUGAAACAAGCAUAAGAAAGAUUAAUGGACAAGAUAGCGCAGGUGGGGCCUCCAGCUCCUACAGGCCAAUUCGCAGGGGAUUCCCAAGACCAAGCGCCCAUAAUCACUUUGACAUAAACGAGCACCUGCCCUGGAUGAUUGUACUGCUGCUGUUGCUGGUGCUGGUGGUGAUCGUAGUGUGUAGUGUGAAGCAGAGCUCUCAGGUGUUGAAGAAGGGCCCAAUGCAGGACCCGAGCAGCAUCAUGGAGAAGGCAAUUCAAAAGAAACCACCUGCACCACUAACUCAAGCCCGAGAGAAGUGGAUCUACUAUUCCAAUGGACAAGGAGUGGAUAUCCUGAAGCUCGUGGCAGCCCAGGUGGGCACGCAGUGGAUUGACAUCUAUCAGUCGCUGGCUAAUGUCACCGAGCGUGAGGUGGCUGCCUUCUCCAACGGCUACUCUUCUGAUCAUGAGAGGGCGUAUGCUGCGCUGCAGCACUGGACGAUCCGGGACAGCGAUGCCAACCUGGCCAAGCUGAUCAACGCCCUGCACCGGCAGCGCCGCAUCGAUGUGGUGGAAAAGAUCCGCUGUGUAAUGGAGGACAACCCACAGUUUGACGUCAACCAGCUGAUGACCUCAGGGAAUGUAAGCAAUAGACACAGUCCAAUCCAGAAGCCCACAGAGUCUCCUAUUAGCAUUGCCAGCAACAGUAGCAUGGGCCGGGUCAGUGGCAUGGGUUUGGAGCAGUCACCAGUGGACCGCACCAAAGGCUUCUUCCCUGAUGAAUCGGAGCCCCUGCUUCGCUGCGACUCUACCUCCAGCAAAGACUCCGCCCUGAGUAGGAAUGGCUCCUUCAUUACCAAAGAGAAGAAAGACACAGUGCUCCGACAGGUGCGUCUGGACCCAUGUGACCUGCAGCCCAUCUUUGACGACAUGCUGCACAUCCUGAACCCGGAGGAGUUGCAUAUCAUCGAACAGAUCCCAGCCGCUGAGGACAAACUGGACAGGCUCUUUGAGAUUGCAGGAGUGAAGAGUCAGGAGGCCAGCCAGAAGCUGCUGGACUCUGUGUACAGCCAUCUCCCUGACCUCUUGUAGCAGAGGAAAGAUCAGGAAACAGCACAGACUGGAGUUGGCACAAGAAUAAAAAGAAGUACGAGGGAUGAAUACAAUGUUGUGUUCCAGUUAAGUCUUGGGUGGCAUUUCAUCUAAAAAGCUGUCAUCACGCCACUUCAUUUGAACAUGGUCUGUGUCUGCUACCUCCAGUGACUCUUUAAAAUAUUUACUUUAUUCCUUUUCUUGUUCUUCUAAUACACACAAGUACUCCUUUAAAACAACCCAGCCUAUACCACGAUGAACUAAUUUAGAGGAAUACUGGGUUGAAAAGUAGCGUAGACGUAAAUGGACUCCAUAGAAAAUCACACGUAGCACUUUCUUUAUCUGAAAUGGUCUUCAUGCCUUCAUGUCUAAAGAAAUUUGUAGUUUGUGCCUGUUGUUCAGGCUUCUCAUGCCUUUAACAUGGAUCAAGUGUUACACGCUACAUUUAACAAUGAACAUGGUAAAGGUAAAUAAGCUAUAACUUCAAAUGAUGCUGGUAUUAUUCUUUAAUUUUAGGGUUCUUGUAAAGAAUAUUUUUGCCCAGGUGUAGGUUUAACUGUAAGUCAUGUGCCUGAACUUUCCAAAGCUUUGUUCCUCCCUCCCUCUUACUGUAACCACCAGCAGGGAACAGCAUUACUUAGAUGGUUGUCCUGCUUUUCGGCAACCAAAACCAUAGCUCAAAAAAUGACCUUCGAAACUUUGUCUAAUGUUCUGAUAUAUGGUUUUUGAGAAAAAAAAAAGCUGAACUAAACGGGAAGCUUAACUGCGUUGACCGGCAGCAGUCUGCUUCUCUGGAACUGAAACCAUGUCUGAAAAGGUUCAGCCACCUUUGAAUUCAUGGGGAGGAGAAAUACUUGGACUAGUACACUCAUGCAGACCUCAACUAGCUACCCCUAGUUGCCUCAACAAAUGUAGUGUUGAUAAAGUGUUCUUGAUACAUUCUGGAGCUUCAUGUCAGUGUGGUUUUCAAUCAGACAGAGUUGCCUAAGUGUUUCACUGCUAGAGUAAAAAUGAUAAAAUACAACAGAUUUUUUUCCUUUUUUAUGCGGUAGUAUUUUGCUACCUGUACCAUUUAGUUGAUGAGAAAAUGUCAUAAUGAUGCACUAAUCCUAUUUUCCAUUAAGAGAGAGAUGUUGUACUUUGUCUUUAAUGUUUUAUAACUAACAUUUGAUUUUAUUGGUUAUUAUAUUUCUGUCACAAUGUUUCCAUUUUUCUUUCAUCAGCAUUCAGACAGAUGUGCUCACCAGGAUGUAACAUAUACAUACUCCAUAAUCUACUUGAAGUCUGUCUACUUGGCUCUUUUACAUGAUGUAACAGGAAAAAAAAUGCAAUUUCUGUUCCCUCAACGUUCCACUCAACAAAACACAUCAACAUUUGGUGCACGCCUGAUCUCUCACUGGCUGGCAUUACAAGGGCAGAGAUAUGCGAAUCCAGGGUAAAGAUGGAAAAUACUGACUGAAUGAAAAAGAGUUAAGGUUGUGUUCCAGGACUCUGUGAGCUUUCUCAACAUCUGAACAUCCACCAGAUCACUGGCUUGGUUUCAUUUUAUUCACAUGCUAAAUUGACAUAUUUGCAGAAACUACUGGAUUUUAUUUUAGAAAUUAAUUUGAAUACAUUUUUAAAAGCUUUGCCAUACAUGUGCUGCAAGUAGGUACUGUAAAACAUGGUAAAUGGUGCAUGUUAAUCAAACCCAAAUCCUAGUCGUGCCCAUUGCCCUUAUCCUAGAUGACUGUACGAUGUGAGCUUUUUAUUUUCUGAUGCACAUGCAGAUUGAGUGGCUGAUCAUCAAAUUUCACACAUGUAACCAGUAAGUUUAUUACUACAUAACCGCUUAAAAUCCACAAAUUAAAGCUAAAAGAUUUGUCAUAAA